AUGCGCGUCUUUACAGAGUACCCCGUUAACUGUUAUAACAUCCCGGUGGCCAGGCCUGGGAGGUAUCUGCUGCGGCUGGUGAUGUACUAUGGGAAUUAUGACAAGGCCAAGAGCCCGCCCGCGUUCAACGUCUCCUUUGGGAUCUCAUUCGCGGCGACGGUGGUGCUGGCGCUGAAGGAGAGGGUGGUCUCGGAGAUCAUUGGCCAAGUGGACUCAACAGAGCUCGAGGUGUGUUUCGUGAGCAUCUACGGCAAGCCGCUGGUGAACGCGCUGGAGCUGAGGCUGCUGCCCCCGGAGUCGUACGUGUCGCUGCCCGACCCCUCCGGCGUCAUGCUGCUCUGGUGGCGCCUCUUCUCCGCCAACGACUCGCGCACCAACCGCAUGCUGCGCUACCCCUACGACCCCUUGGAUCGCAUCUGGGUUGCAGACGGCGUGAUGGCCACCAGUGGGGACGCUGCCUCGUCCUCUCAUCUCACUCACUUCCCUCACCUCCUGCACCCCGUUGUUGUUUCUUUCUCCCAACCACGCCGUGUCCCUCUUUCCACCCCUCUCCGCCACUGCAGCUACCCCUACGACCCAUUGGAUCGCAUCUGGGAUGCAGACGGCGUGAUGGCCACCAUGGGGGCGCCGCCUCAUCCACCCUCAUGUUCGACUAUUCUCACCCUCUCACCUAUCCACCCCUCUCGACCCCUCUCCACCCUUCUUCACCCCUGCAGCUACCCCUACGACCCAUUGGAUCGCAUCUGGGAUGCAGACGGAGUGAUGGCCACCAGUGGGGGCGCUGCCUCGUCCACCCUCAUGUUUGACUAUUCUCUUGACUCCUACGUUUUUGGCACGCCUAUUAAUGUCAAGCCGGCCAUAGGGGCUAGAGCCGUGGCUGCAGCUACUUCUGCUGCGUUAGGCAUUGGGGAUUCGGGCCGAACGGUGGUGGGGGAGAGUGCGUCUGUAGAAGCAGAGGAAUCGGCACAAGCGGCGGCAACAGCAGCAGCAGCGGCAGCGGCAGCAGGAGCGGCAGGAGCAGCAGGAGCAACAGCACAAGCAGUCGUAACAGGAGCAGGAGCAGCAGUGGUGGGCGAAGGGACAACAGAAGCGCUAGCACCGGGAGAAGCAAGGGCAGCAGUGGUAGCAGCAGCAGCAGAGCAAGCACUCACAGGGAACGGCACAACCAACGCUGCUCCUGCCUUCCUCCAGCUCACAGCGCGCACAGUGCCACAGGCACCCAGUGGCACCAUGGACAGCAGCAGUGGCCUGGAAUACCAGUUUCAGUUCCUCGAGAGCCCUGCGAGUUUCCAGCUGAUUCUGUACUUUGCGAACGUGGAGGGGCGGGUGAAGCGGGCGGGGGACAUGGUGUUUGAUAUUGUGUUGAACGAGCAGGUGGUGGUUGGGGGAUUUGAUUUGUUUCUGCAGCUGCAAGGGGCGGGCAGGGCGGCACGGGCUGGGACAAGAGGCGUGGGGGGGAGUCGCGUGGGGGGAAGUGGCAUGGGGGGGAGUGGCGUGGGGGGGAGUGGCGUGGGGGGGAGUGGCAUGGGGGGGAGUGGCGUGGGGGGGAGUGGCGUGGGGGGAAGUGAUGCUGGUGGUAGUGGUGGUGGUGAUGCGACGGUUCAUGCAGCUGCGAUAGGCCUUGCUGCUUCUCCUGCCGCCGUGUCUCCUCCUGCCGCUCCGUCCUCUCCUCCUACCCCUUCAACCACCGCUCCUGCACCCACUUCUGCUGCUUCCGCGAGCAGUAGUAGCAGCGGCAGCACUGACAGUGCUCUGUACGCGCAGCAGGUGGUGAUGGUGGUGGUGAAUUUCACGAGUGUGGAUCUCUACACCCCCGCCGUCCUGCUGCUCAGGCCCGCCGCUACCAGCCGCUUGCCGCCAGCCAUCAGCGGCAUCGAGAUGUAUGAGGUGUUCCCUGCGGCCAAGCCAACGCCCCCUGCUGAAGUCUCCGCCCUGCGUGAUUUUCAGAGGCUACUGGGUGCGCCAGCGUCACUGGCAGGGUGGCAGGGGUCGGACCCCUGUAACCCCAUCAAGUGGGCGGGCAUUCAGUGCAUUCAGGCUCAGGGGGACAGCGCGUCACACGUCAGCGGCAUCUAUCUGGGCAACUACAGUCUCCACGGCCCCAUCUCGCCAUCUCUGGCUAACGUCUCUCGCCUGCAACACCUCUGGGUCAACGACAACAACCUGGUGAACGAGAUUCCCAGCUCCCUUGGCGACUUGGGUGAUCUCUCUACUCUUCUAUUGCAGAACAACCAUUUAACGGGGGGGGUGCCUCAGUCGCUCACCAACCUCACCAAUCUAGUCCAGCUCAACGUGGCAAACAACAGCCUCACGGGAGUGUUCCCGUUCAACUUGACCACGCAGUUCAUUCAAGUCGUUGCCACGGGCAACGACCUCUGCUCCCCCCAGGGCCUCUACGAUCUCCCCUACUGCGGAGCCCUCCCCCCUCCGCCCCCCCCUCCCCUCUCCCCCCCCGCUCCCCCACCAGCACCAGCCCCCACCUCCGCCUCCGCUCCCCCUUCCGAGGCCUUCCCUCCCUCUCCUUCAACUCCCGACUCAAGUGCUGCGAGGGGAAAUGUGCUGGUGAUAUCUCUGGCAGUGUCGUUAUCAGUUGCUGCUAUUGCUUCGGCGCUGGUGGUGUGGAUGUAUCUCAAAGGCGCCUGGAAGGACAGGGCGAAGGGGCAAGGGGGGGAGAAGGAAGCGGAGGAGAAGCGGAGUGAAGUGGCAGCAGCGGGGGGAGGUGGAGGGGACGGUGGGGAGGGGGAUGAGGGAUCGGGGAAAAGAGGUGAUGGGAAUGGUGGGGGGAGUGGAAGGGGAGGGGAUGAGAGUGGGAGGCGAACAGUUGGUGUGUCACGGAGCAGAUCAAGGGAAGACAGAGGGAGUGAGAGGGGGGGUGAGAGUGGGAGGAACGGGGAGAGGGCGAGAGGGAGAGGAGAAGGAGGGGGAUCCAGUGAUAGGGAGAGAGAUUCCAUGCCUCUUUCCGGACCUAACUCCAGCUCUACCGAGCCUCUGUUGCCCAAUGGGAAUGUAUCCGAACGUAAGAGUGAUCCCAAUGUGGAAGGUUCUGCUCCUGCCAUCACUGCUACAGAUGCAGCCCCAGGUGCCGCAGCAGCAGCAGCUACAACAGCGGAGGCGGCGCACAACGGACAAAAAGCGCCGCCCAACGGGCUGGCGGUGGAGGCGGCGCCGUUCACUGUGCCGUCCACGCACGUGCAGCGGAUGAGUCUGGCAGAGCUGGAGGAGGCGACGGGGGGGUUCUGUGAGGAGCAUAUGAUCGGUGCUGGGGGGUUUGGACCGGUGUAUCGGGGCGUUCUGGCGAAUGGGCGAGUGGUGGCUGUGAAGCGACGAGCGGUGGAUUCUAUGCAGGGGUCGACGGAGUUCAAUAAUGAGGUGCGUGCUGGUGAACCUGAUCCUCCUGCCACUCACACCUCCUCACUAAUGAACCUGACAGUGCCACUGAUCCUUACCUGCCUGCCCACCCCCUUCCCCCCCUCCCCACCUUCCAUCCUGCCCCUAUGCCAGCUCAAGAUCCGCCACCCCCACCUGGUGGCGCUGGUUCACUCAUGUGCUGACCACCCACCCCCUGUCCCCCUGCCUUCCCCUUCUUCCCCUCCUUCCCCCCCUCUCACCAGCUCAACGUUCUGUGAGGAGCAGGGGCAGCAGCUGCUGGUGUAUGAGUUCAUGGCGCAGGGCAACUUGCGGGAACACUUAUACGACCGGUUGGGAGCGCCAAGGGGACGGUUGCGGUGGCUGCAGCGCCUCUCCAUCGCUGUUGGUGCUGCUAAAGGAAUUGAGUACCUGCACGUGGCCCUGCGCCCCUCCAUCAUUCAUCGCGACAUCAAGACCACCAACAUUCUCCUCGAUGACAGCCUCUGCGCCAAGGUCGCUGACUUUGGGCUGUCCCGCCUGGGGCCGCAGGACGACACGCACGUGUCAACCAAUGUGAAGGGCACAGCCGGUUACCUGGACCCAGAGUACUACACGGUGCAGCAAUUAACGGAUCGCAGUGACGUGUUCAGCUUCGGGGUGGUUCUGCUGGAGCUUGUCAGUGGGCGGCAACCCAUCGACCUCAGCCGCCCACGCGUCGACUGGAACAUCAUUGACUGGGCGCGCAAGCAUCUGCAGCAGGGGGACAUAGAUGCAAUAGUCGACCCCACACUGCCCCCCUCGGAGUUUCUCAUAGAUGCCAUGUGGAAGGUGGCCGAGGUGGGCAUUCUCUGUGUUGAGCCCAUGGGCAUCAACCGGCCGAGUAUCAGUGAGGUGGUGCGGGAACUUGGAGAGGCUGUUGCUAUGGAGUUAUCGAAUACGCCUGUAAGGAAUCAUUUUCACCAGCACCAGCACCAGCGGCAGCACCAGCACCAGCAGGGGCAGGGGCAGCAGGGGGAUGGGCAGCGGGAAGGGCAGCAGGAGGAGUGUGAAUCUGAGAUAGGGGUGAAUUAUGGUGAUGAGAGGGGGGAAGGGAGAGGUGGAGGUGGGGAGGAAGGAGGAAGGGGUGGAGAGCGGUUGGGCGGUCGACAAGGCUAUUACUCCACGUUGACGUUUUCUCGCUCGGGAUCCAACGGUGGAGAUUCGUCGAGAGGAGCUGAUGGGCGGAGACGUCCGGAUGGUGGCGGGGGAAUGGAACACGAGGCUCGGGACACCCCUGAGCAGAGGUUUGGGAGAGGGGAGAAUCCGAAUAGAGUGGUCCCGGCUGAGCUGGCGAUGAGCUGGCGAGGAGAAGCGGGGGAGGCGUCAGGAGGUAUGAGAGGGGAUGGGGAUGGGAGUGGGGAAGUGUGGGCGGAGAUGGGAGGUGUGAGUGAGAGAGUGAGUGGGGGAGUGAGUGAGGGAGUGAGUGAGAGAGAGAGUGGGAGAGUGGGCUGGAGAGGUUCAGGAGAAGGGUUGGCAGGGAUGGGUGGGGGUGAUUGGAGUGGGAGCAGUGUGGGGAGGCAAGCGAGUGGAGGAGGGGUUGAAGCGGUCGGAGUAGGGGGAGGAGGAGGAGGGGGAGGAGGGAGAAGAAGAGGGGAUGGAGGAGGAGGAGAGGGAGGGAUUGCGGUGGGGUUCAGAGGUCCCGGGAGUGGAGGAGAGAUGUACAUAAGGAGAGGGGGGUCGUCAGAAGAGCUCUUGUCGCACGGUGGGGUGCAAGGCGGAGGGGUGCAAAGAGGUGGAAUGCAAGGGGGAGCGGUGCAAGGGGGUGGCCUCAUGGCGGUGUCAGACUCGUUGAUGAGGCGGAAAAGAGAAGGAGAAUCUUACAACGGCCCGAUUUCCCGGCCGAACUUGCCUUUGGGUAGCGGAGGAAGAGAGGGGAGAGGGUGCAGCGAGGGGAGAGAGGGGAUAAGGGGGAUAGGGCAAGGAGGGUUCUCUGGAGAAAGUGUGGAAGCAGAUAUGAUGAUGGCACAGGCGCCACACGGGGAUUACAUGAUGCUCAGGAAGGUACAGCAAGGGUCCAUGUCGCCGCCCGUUCCGCAGGAGAAACGGCAUUUUUCAGCUGAGGACAAGCCUCGGUUUGCCUCGCCGUUCGGGCAGCCUGGUUUCCAGCCCCGUGCAGGCGGCCGAGAUUUCGAAUCUGCCCGAGAGCCGGCGGGAGGACACGGUGUGGGGGGGAAUUUGGAGGGAAAGAGACGAAUGAGUGACGGGGAAGGUGUGGAUUUGAGUACAGGCAGAGGGGAUGGGCGUGCGCUGAGGGGAGAAGCUUCUAUGAGAGAUGACCUGCGGCCAGAUUAUGAAAUGUCUAGAAUGGCUAGAGCCGCGCUUCUCGCGCUGUCCCUGGCGCUGCUGCUCGCAGUCGCCCGCGCCGGCAGCCCCCUGACCAGCGCCACCGCGAACGAGAAACCCGACCAGAGCAGCAAGAAGGACGACGGGCUCAUGACCGAAAUCCCCGCGGAUAUCGCAAAGCAGGCCGCGUCGGGCAACGCGGCGGGAGUUACCUACGUGGAUACCGCGCAGGACUCGUUCUUCAUGGCCGACGUGAAGAAGGCCGGAUGGAACGCGCAGAAGUGCCCGCCGGGAUUGAACAAGGAGCUUGCGGGAGCGUGCACGCCCAAGAAUUGCUCCAAGGGCGGCAUCGCCGCUAAGUGGAAAACCGCUUAUCUGCAAAAGAACAAGCUCGGUUACGAGCUGUACGUGCCGGGUAACCCGCUGACGCUGCUCAAGGCGAACCCCGCGUCGUGCUGUAACACGUGCGCCGCGACGCCGCUCUGCACGUACUGGCAGUACAUCCCCGAUAUUACCAUCGACGGGAAGAAGGGCAAGGGCGCGUGUUAUCUGAUCCACGAUCAGAUUGACUUCACCUGCGGAGAGAUGACCGCGCAGUAUUCGACGGAAACGAAGCCGGUGAAUCUGCAGGUGCGCAUCGGCGGAGAGUGCAACCCUAGCGCGAAGAUCCUCAACGACCCGCAUUUGGUGGGCGCGCACGGCACGCAUUUCGACUUCAACGGCCGCCCCGACAAGGCGUUCUGCCUGCUCACGGACCGCGACCUUCACGUGAACAUGCUGCUGAGGGGGUACUAUGAUGAGCGCACCGAUAAUGCCGCGCUCGUGGUUGACGGAAAGGCCGUGCACACGUGGAUUAAGGAGCUUGGCAUCGUCUGGACCACUCAGGGCGCGGAUCACAAGGUUCGGCUCGCGGCGCGCGGCGGCAAGCAGCAGGAGCGCGGCGACGGGUUCAUGAAGAGCAUCGAGAUUGACGGCGAGGAGAUCCCGAGGAUGAAGGUUGGCGACACGGUGACGACCGGCGGCGGGUUGACGGUUCACUUCCGCGGGCUCGAGAAGGAGGGACCGUUCGAUGUGGAUUACUACAUGCUGACGAUCGACGGUCUGAUUUCGCUGGAUCUGCGCCUGCGCGUUGCGCACCCGAAGUUGCAGACCCCGACCGACGCCGAGGCGCACAUCAACGUCGGGAUUGCCGAGCUGGAGCACACAGAGGAGAUUCACGGUGUGUUGGGGCAGACGUACCGCGCGGAUCAUACGCAGCGCGCUGCCGAUUUCCAGCGCUUGAUCGCGAGCCUGCACCGUCCCAUUUCUGCUGACGGCGCGGAGUGGAAGGGAUUUUUGGAUGGCACACCCAGGUCGUAUGAGGCGAGUGAUGUGCUCGCUGUGGACUGCGCUUAUACCGCGUAUGGCCGAGCCAGGAAGGUUAUGCCCGUGCAACAGUUCCCCUAA